CCUACUGUUGAUUGUAGGGCUUUUGGGCCGAAAUGGUGAAAUUCACGGCCGUAAAAUUAAAAAAAGAGUAAUGCUUUUGACAUUGACAGACAAAUUGUUGUCAUCAGUUUUGUUGUAGGUUUUAGUAAAUGUAGUAGAGUUAUUCUAAUUUUAUUUUGGAUGAAUUCUUUAAAACUUUAAUAAAAACUUAAACUUUAACUUUUUUUUAAUUGAUCUCAAAUAGUUUUUUAAUGUUUGGGGUUAUGAGGUGCAGACGGAUUUCAUAAUGUUUUUUUAUGAACGUUUUUGUGUGUGGAUAGGACAUUUGAAAUUAUCUCGUGUUAUACUAUUGGUUUCUGUUAUUUUAUUCGUGGUACCACUUUUUACACAUUAUUACUUAUCAAAGUAUGAAUCGACUUUGGGGAAUAACCACAUGCGACAUACAUUGGAAGCAUUGGGUGACCUGUCCACUAUGAACAUAAUGGAUCUUAAAAUAAGAAUUGAGGAAAUGCUAAGAAUUAAGGCCUCAGUAUCUACUGAGUUACGGGAAUUGGAGGCAAGACGCGCGCGCCUACAGAGGGAGGCGGUGGCAGCCAGUGCUAAAGCAGAUAGCGCCAAAGCGGAGCAUGCCCGUGCGGCUGCAGAGUUGCAACGUCUUCGAGUCUCUGCCGAUCAGGCGCGUCUUGCGCAGCUUGAAGCUAUACGCAGGGACUCACCAGAACUAGCACCCCCUCAGCAAAUACUCUCCGCCAGACCGCCGCCCAUUUUACCACCUAUCGAACACUCCUCUGAACCAUACUGUCGCAUGUUUUCAUGCUUCGACCACUCCCGCUGCUCUUUAACUUCGGGCUUCCCAGUCUAUUUAUACGAUCCAGAUAUCUACGCUCCGUUCGCCAGUUCUGAAGUGGAUGGUUUUUUGAAAACUACAUUGCGCCAAACAUUAGGAUAUAACACCCACCUGACAAAAGAUCCUAAUAAAGCCUGUGUCUAUCUAGUUCUCGUUGGUGAAGCUUUUCCAUAUGAAAAAGCCUCGUCAACAACAGAGUCAUAUAAAUUGUUAUUGAAUGAGACUGCUCUAAAAGGUUUGCCUUUUUGGGGAGGUGAUGGAAGAAAUCAUGUUUUAAUGAACUUAGCUCGGCGUGAGCUUUCGGUUGGGUCAGGCGAUGCGUUUCGAGGCUUGUCCACAGGAAGAGCUAUUAUCGCUCAGUCUACUUUUACACAUAAUCAAUUCAGGCCAGGUUUCGAUAUAAUAACGCCUCCAGCAUUAGGUCCACCGGGAGGUGAUGUAUGGGUUGAUUGUGCACCUAUAGCACCAGCAAGAAGAAAAUAUUUAAUAAGCUUUCAGGGAUCGCAACCGCCAGCAAAAGGGCCUGACAAGGAUCAUGACCAAAAGCUUAUAGAAUCUUUGCAGAAUACAAGUUCGUCGCCGGAUACGUUCUUUCUGCAAUUCGAAUGUGACCCACCCGUAGAGAAGAAAUCUUUACUGCCUAUAGGGGAUUGGGCAUUAUGUGGGACCGAUCGUUCGCGACGUGCGGUGCUAAGGGACUCCACAUUCGUACUGAUUCUUGCACCAGCUGAUCGUAGUUACACCACCACAGCACUGUUGCAAGCACGUCUAUAUGAAGCAUUGCGAUCUGGUGCUAUUCCAGUGAUUCUCGGCGGUGACAGAAUACGUUUACCGUAUGACGAAGUUUUAGAUUGGAAACGAGCAGUGAUAGCGUUACCGAAAGCACGCGUCACCGAGCUGCAUUUCUUGCUUCGAGCUAUUGCGGAUGCUGAUUUAUUAAUGUUCAGAAGACAAGGCCGAGUUCUUUGGGAGCGCUACCUCAGUUCUGUUCAAACCAGUGUAGAUUCCUUGCUGGCCACUAUUAGGACUCGCUUGAAUAUUCCGGCACCGCCAGCGACGCCAACAAUAGCAGCGCCGGGCUUCAAUGAAUCAUACUAUCCACUAAAAUUGGAUCCUCCCGCUGUGGAUACGGAACCCGAAGAAACUCUCGGACCCCUAGAAGCUCCAUACGCGAGUCCGUCGUAUCGUCGGAAUUACUCCAUGAGCUUGUUACACGGAUACGAACUAUGGAAUGAGUGGGGCGAGCCAUUCGCGCUGUACCCACAGCUGCCUUGGGAUCCCUCGGUGACGUCGGAAGCCCGCUUCGUCGGCUCCGCGGCAGGGUUCCGGCCCAUAGGCGCAGGUGCCGGUGGCUCCGGGCGCGAAUUCAGCGAGGCGCUGGGCGGCGACCGGCCUCGAGAGCAAUUCACCAUCGUCAUACUGACGUAUGAACGCGAGGCGGUGUUAGCGGCCGCUCUAACAAGACUCAGGGGCUUGCCUUAUUUAAACAAGGUGAUAGUGGUAUGGAACGGGCCUUCGCCCCCCGCGUCGAUGUCUUCGUGGCCAGAAAGCGGCGCUCCUGUGGCGGUAGUGAAGGCAGCUAGGAAUUCUCUCAACAAUCGGUUUCUGCCCUUCCACCUCAUAGACACGGAGGCCGUGCUGUGUGUCGACGACGAUGCGCAUUUACGACACGACGAGAUCGUCUUUGCAUUCAGGGUGUGGCGUGAGCACAGAGACCGUAUCGUGGGAUUUCCCGGCCGCUAUCACGCGUGGGAUCUCAAUUUCAACAAUGGCUUUCUUUACAACUCCAACUAUAGUUGCGAGCUAAGUAUGGUGUUAACUGGGGCGGCUUUCGUUCACCGCUACUAUUUAUGGGCGUACUGGCGCACUCUACCGGCCGCUGUACGAGACCAUGUGGACGAAUACAUGAACUGCGAGGACAUUGCCAUGAACUUUCUCGUGGCUCACAUUACUAGGAAGCCGCCUGUCAAGGUAACGUCUCGUUGGACAUUUAGAUGUCCAGGGUGCCCAGUGACGCUGUCUGCAGACGAAACACACUUCCACGAACGACAUAAAUGCAUACAAUUCUUUUCACAGGUUAUGGGAUAUACACCAUUAUUAUCAACGCAGUACCGAGCAGACUCCGUUCUCUUUAAGACGCGGAUACCUCACGACAAACAGAAGUGUUUCAAGUUCAUUUAGUUAGUAUUUGGAUUAAACUUGGAAAAUGUGAAUACUACAUGCGACAGGAGUGAGUAUAGUGAUCUGGCCAACCUGAUUCUAUUUUAUACUGAUUUAAAUUGAGCAAAUUUUCCAUUCAUUCAAAAUGAGUUAAAACUCACAGGUGACAAUACUCUUUAUGUAAUCCAGUUUUCCAUGUGAUCUUUAUAAUCAAAAGGGUAAGGACAAUGCUUUUUUUAUAUGCGACCAAGUUCGACUUUAUGCUCGUAGUAAUAAAGAUGAUAUUGCAGCUUGAACGCACGAAAAGUAGAGGAUUAAAGUGUAAUUAUUUUACGUGAUUACCUGUAAGUAUUAGUUUUUUUAGCAGAGAGAGUAUUAGGACGCCAAAAUAAAUAUAGUUUCUUGUUUUUUUUUGAAGAAGUUGUGAUAGAAAUAGGACAUUUAUAUUGGUAUUGUAUUUUCAAUGUUAUUUGUAUGAUAUCAUAAUAAUUUAAUCCAGCACAUUUUUUUUUCACUGAUAUAUAAUGUACUGUAAUAAAAAGCAGUUAAAAAGUGACUUACUGUGCAACCGAUAUAGCUUACAUUAAAACAAAAAGGGAAGAUGCGGCACUCGCGGCUCAAAAGUGGUCCGCUUAAAUUGUGGUGCAUGACCACAAUUCGCUUUAGUCACAAUCGGAGAUUCAAACGCGCUGCAUGUGCACCCAGUCUAACAAUUUUGCGUAUAUUCUGUGUUAUAAAGAUAAGACAAUGCCUUCGAUGCUUUUAUAAAGAACACAAAUGGUUCAAAAUCAAAUAACAAA